AUGGGAAACAGGCAAAGCCAUGCGGGCCAGGCCUUCCACUCCCAGUUCCUCCCACAAGAGCAGGCUGAGAUCGACCAACUGUUUCAUGCCCUCUCGUCUGAUAGGAGCAGCGCUCACACCUCGGCCCGGACCUUCUCUCUGCAGGCGCUGAAGGACCAUGUAGGGGAAGCCCUCCCCACAGCGAUGGUCACCAGGCUGCACGAUGGCAUGCGGAGGGUUGACCUCACAGGCUCUGCCAAGGGUCCCAGCGAGAGCGUGUCCCAGGUGCAGUUCACCAUGGCCAUGUCCCACCUGUUAAAGGGGAGCUCCGGAGAGAAGAGCCUGCUGAUUCUCAAGAUGAUAUCCGCCCAGGAGGGUUCUGUGAAAGUCAGAGAAAUCCAGAAGUUCACAGAGGACCUGGUCACCGCUGUGGUUCAUGUGCUCGGCCACCGACAGUUGCUGAGAGGCUGGAAGCAGAAGGAAGCACCAGGCGCCCCCUGCAGGACGCAGGCGAUGACUGCACAGCUGCUCUCUGAGAUGAGGCUGCCAGAUGGCAGGAGGUUCCAAGGCCCUGAGCAGCUCGACUAUGACUGUGACCGAGCCACGGUGGAGGACUGGGUGUUCCGGGUCCCCCACGUGGCCACAUUUCUGGGUGUGGUCGUCCACCAAGGCCUUCUGGUCUUGAGUGCGUCCCUCAGCCUGGCCACCCUGAUCCCCGAGCGUCACGUGGAGCAGGGGCAGGAGUUUGCCAGCGUGUUGGACGUGCUGUCGGUCAUCUUCGUCAAUGCCCACGUGCCCAGGGAGCAGCAGCACAGAUGGCGGCUGCUCUUCUCCUCCCAGCUCCAUGGGCACAGCUUCUCCCAGCUCUGCGGACGCAUCACCCACCGGGGGCCCUGCGUGGCCCUUCUACAGGACCAGGAUGGCCAUGUGUUCGGCGGGUUUGCAUCCUGCUCCUGGGAGGUCAAGCCUCAGUUUCAAGGAGACAACCGGUGUUUCCUGUUCUCCGUAUCUCCCCGCAUGGCCGUGUACACGUGCACUGGCUACAAUCAGCACUUCAUGUACCUGAACCACGGGCAGCAGACCAUCCCUAACGGAUUGGGCAUGGGUGGCCAGCACAACUACUUCGGGUUGUGGAUCGAUGUGGACUUUGGGAGGGGCCACAGCAGAGCUAAGCCCACAUGCACCACCUACAACAGUCCUCAGCUGUCGGCCAAGGAAGACUUCCUCUUCCACAGGCUGGAGGUGUGGGCUGUCGGGGACUUCCAGUCUCAGCCGGCCAAUAGCGACAGGAGUAUCCUGGACUCAGACCCGGAGGCCAAGGCCCUGCUGGAGAUCAGUGGGCGGAGUCUGCACAGCCAAGGGCUGCGGGAAGCCCCUGAGGAGGAUGCUGCUACCUGA